AUUGAGUAGUAUAGUAUUAGCAGUAGGAAAUAUUGGUUCUAAUCUGUUUUUUUUUUCUUUCACAACAUAUCAUUGAAUAAUAAUUUGUUCUCUUUUACGUAUAAUUAUUUCGUGUGUAUUUAAUUAAUUAUGUAGGUAAUGUGUGUAUAUUUUAUGCAGAAGGUUAACUAAAGUAAUAGUUUUAUAAUAAUUGCUACCUUUAUUCGUUUUUAGUGAUGAUAGCUAAAAACUGUAUGUACAUCUUCUGAGAUUUGACUGGAUUUUUGCAAACCGUUGUUUUAUUCAUCACUGUGUUGGCUUGAACGGAGAUCUGUACACGAGUAGUAGACACCUCGCCCUAAUUUUAAACUGGUGCCAGUAAACUCCAGGCCGUGAGUUAGAAUCAAGAUCUACUCCGACACUCUUACACACACACACACACCCCGACACACAGCCUUACACACACACACGCGCAUUGCGUCUGUGGAGGGGAAAUAAACCUCAACUGUGUUCGAAUUUGGAAAAUUGUGUAGUGGUCGGUGUGUAGUGACCAUGUGGUCUGGCCGUAGAGAAGCGGUUUAGGACGAAAAGUUUCGUAACAAAUCAAAAGACGUCCUAUUUUUUCGUUGGCUAUUUUGUAGCUUGAUUGUUAUUUCUUUACAAUUCAAUAAUUUAAUUAAAUGUCACGUCAUUCGGAGUAGUAGGCCUUUGAAUUCAGCUGGUGAGAGAGAAUAAAAAGUUCUCGCUAAUUCCUAGGCGGAGGUUUGAAUCAUGAAGAUGGCUUGAAGGUAGAGGAUUAACUUUUUGUUGUUUGAUAAACAGUACGUUAGUAUGACUAUGUUAAUGUAGAUUUUGAUUUUAUUGGAAGAACACAAUUCUAAAUUUGGACAUUUUUUCGGAUACUUUGUGAUUCCUCGUGCUGGAGUAAUAGUUUGGGAGAAAAACGGAAGUACACAUUUCGUUUAAAGAACUGAUGAACGUAAAGAUAAACUUUGACCUACAGAAGUGACGUCUAGUGGAAGGACCUACAGAAGUGACGUCUAGUGGAAGGACCUACAGAAGUUACGUCUAGUGGAAAGACCUACAGAAGUUACGUCUCGUGGAAAGGACCUAAUAAUCGGAAGACAGAAAUUUAGCAUACGGACGUGAAAAAGUUUUCACUGGUUCAAAUUUCAAGAUGGGUAUUAAAACUGAGGUGAAAAAUGAUCAAGUUCUAAACAAGUAUGGCUAUGAUGACCUGGUCACGUCUGAGGAUGAGAAAAUGGGACUGUCAGGAUGUGGGAAGUUCCUCAAGUACUCGAUGUUCAUGUUCAACUCAGUCAUUCUGGUUGCAGGAUGUGGGCUUCUGGGCUUCGGCGUGUACGUCAGGAACAGCGAGGAAAAGAUGGCUCAGCUAGCGACCAUCUUGGGGUCUUUCUACUACACCGCCUUCUCCACGUCCCUCAUUGUCCUAGGAGGCGUGGUCAUCGUUAUCUCCUUCCUGGGAUGUUGCGGGGCCAUCAAGGAAGUCAAGUGCAUGCUGGGAACUUUCUUCGUGUUAUUGUUUGUGAUGCUCUUGAGCAUGGUGAUUGGUGGAAUCAUUGUUUACGUCUACAGGGAAAAUAUUGGUGAUGCCGUCUUGACGGAACUUUCCAAAUCUUUGAACACAACAUAUGGUGUCAGCGGAGACAGAGAAGUCACCAAAGCCUGGGACCUUAUACAGAAACUAUUUCAAUGUUGUGGUGUGUCCGGUGGAGUGAACUCUACCACAUCCUGGGCUUACUACAGAGAAUACACAUUCUGGUUUAAAAAUCAAACAGACGACAUGAGAGAGUACGUUCCGGAGAGCUGCUGUCGCAAUGUCUUCGGAAAUAACCGAACCAAGUGCGUGGGUGGAUCAGGCUACGAGAAUAUCAUCCCAGCGAUUCUUCCACCAGUCGGCGCUCAUCAGGAAAAUGAUCUUCUUUAUACUAAUGGCUGUUACACUGCCAUCGUGACAUUUCUAACAGACAAUGUUCGGAUCCUAGCUGGUGUGGCCUCAGCUGUAUCCGUUUUAAUGGUGCUUGGGAUGACGUUUGCCAUUUGUCUCUGUCGACGGAUCAAAGACGACUUUUUAUUUGACUAACGCCAUAAUUUAUUUGUAAACGUUCAUACAAACCCCACAAGAGAAUCUUCACACGAUCCGCCCUCAACCCCCCCCCCUCUCCAGAUUUUCCCGCCCAGCUUGUAAUGGCUUCCUUCCCUUCCCCCCCCCCCCCUUUUUUUUUUGAUCAUGUUAACUUGAACUUAUUCUAUUUUCGUGUAGCCAUAUUCCAGUGUCGGUAGACUUUUGGUUUAGAGACGAAUAUUGUAGGUCUAUGGGUUACAAAGAAAACAAUACCAGAUUAUCAGCACUGCCAAAAAAAAAAAAUGGCGGGAAUCGUUACUGCAGGCCUACAUUUCAAACUCAGUGGUUGAAAUUUCUAUUCUAAACACAAAACUACUAACAAGCCCUUCAUUGAAAUGUUUCCACCGGAAGCUGGACAUCGUCUGCUAAAAUAUAAAUGUUUAUUGAUCAUCGUACAUUUCAAUGUAUGAAUCGAACGAUAUUCCACUCAUAAAUAUACAUUGAACAUGUAUUGUAUAUGUGACAGGUCUAAAAAAAAUAUAUUGGAAACACAUAAACCUAAUAGGAUGAGGACUUUGUAGACAUAUCAAUAAAAAUCCGCCCUUUAGAUUUGAAUUACACAUUUGCAACGUCAUGUGACCUUACAUUCAGGAAUUAGUGAGAAAAUAGAAGGUGGCUGAACUAUGAAUACUUUUAAAAUGUGACGUCUGCUCGAUUUUACAUUAUUACAUGGGAAAGGGAGUGACAUUGUCUGUAUGAGGACAUUGUCAAAAUGAGGACAUUAUCAAAAUGUCAAAUAAAAUGUUUGUAGCGCUAGCUCUCUGGGGACACUGCUAAAGCUAAAUAACAAUUUUAAAGGCUUAUUUGUUAAAGACAUGUUUAAUGUAGAAUAAAUCACAUUUUAUUAAUGUAUUCAUCUAUAUAUGUUUAUUCAUGAUGUCUAUUAGUCUACUACGUGCCUAUGACAUUGAUGUAAAUACUCAUAGCUGGUGUUACAUGUACGGGAAUCAUUGGGUUGUAUCUUAUUAUUUUUUUUUGAAAUGUGUAACAUUUUAACAAACUUUUCUUUAGAUUGUUUAGAUAGCAUUUUUAGCCACUAGGUGUCGCUCUGUGGUUGAAUUGACUUGACAAAUGAAUAUAUUAACUUAUUUAUUGAUUUUUUUUUUGGCAUAGUUAUUUUGUCCAUGUAGUUAUUAAGUAGUAUUACUUUUGAGUAAAUGUAGUGAUAUGAUUGAUAAAUAAUUGUGAAUGUUAUUUACUUUAAUUUUAUGUACACUCGCAUACAGUUCUGCAUUUUAAUUUCAUUCGUUGUUUAAAAAAGCAAAGUGUCGGUCUGGAGUAGAAGAAUUUUUUAAAAAAAGUGCUAGCUUUUGACGGGGAUUUUUUAAACCUUUAGUUUUCUUCGUUCAAGGUCUUCCUUAAAAGUCCUAAAUUUUUACCUUGAAACUCAGUUGCUAACAUAAUUAUUCGCUUUUUUUUAAAAGAAUACUUAACCUUAAUAAGAGUAUUUUUUAGUUUUUAAAACGUUUGUUCCGUGAAACACUCUUGGUCUGUGAUCCAUAUUUUUACGAACCAAUAUAUUUGAACCCUAGACUAUUUAAAUAGUUUAUGGUUUAACCCAGACCAGUCGUUAGAGAAGGCCUCAACACUGACCUGCAAAGUCACAAGCUGUGGGCAGCUUAGACCAACAGCUCGUUGCCAAGUCGUACAGACCUGUGACGUGGCAACGAAAUAUUGGUCUAAAUAAACAGAUCGUUUAAAAGAAAAAAUUAAACAUUUCAAUGCCCGGACUGGUUCAGCCUUUGAGAGAAAUGAAGUUGUUUAGCAGCAUUGGUGAUUUAGUGCUGCCUUUGUGGACGAUUGAAAGCCUAGAUGAAGAAACAAUCUAAAAAUAUGAAAAUAUGAAGGAAAGUGGAAAUAUUCUUCUUGCUUCCUCGAGCCCUCCCGUACUGCCGCUCCUGUCGUGAGCACCAGUGUAAUUAGGACGUUUGUUUCUACCCACAAUCAGGCCCCCCACUUGUUUCGAUAUUAUUUUAAUGUUGGGAGUGUUUUAACCAUAGACAUAUAUAUAUAUAGACUGGACGAUAAAGAACAAAUUAUUAUCGGAAAUAUUUGGGAAAAGAUAAGUGUGUAGAUCCACAUCACAAACCUAUAUAUAUUUGCCUAUGUCUAUGAUUAAAAAACAAAGACAAAAUAUUGGGAAUAUGGCAGUUUUGCACUUUUCAAAACUAAAGAUCAAAGGUAUAUAUUGGCUGAAAUGUUAGUCCUAGAAUUUAUAGCUCAAUCGCCGCCAUUUUUUUUUCACAUAGAUAUAGUACAUAAAACAUAUUGACUCCCCCCAAAUAAAAAUAACUUCCUACUUCCAGUCUAUAUUUAUUUAUGUCUAUGGUUUUAACAUAAAUCAGUAUUGAUUAGUUUAAAUGUAUGAUUCAACUUUUUUGUGUGUAGAUAAUUCGUUUCGUUCUUUUCUUUUAUCAUUGCAAUGUUUAGAAAUGUUUCAUCAUUUAUCUUUUCUUUUUUUUUAUUUCACUUUUACUCGAUAUUUAAAAGAUUAGUUUGGUUAUAUUUUAUCUUAUCUUAUAUAAUAGAGACGUUACUUCAAAAAAAGAUGAUUUUAUUCAAUUUUAGUGGUGUAGACGUUAACACGCAAAAUCAAGUGGUUCUCAAACUAUGACAAUUUAUGAAGUUGCCAAAACAACUUCUCUUGAUCAUUUUUCAACAUUUCACAUCUUUUUUUUUUUUUUUUUAAAGGCCAUCAUAGUCCCAUUCAUUAGUUUAUUUUGUCCACAGACACUUGUCUUUAUUAAUCUGGGUUGAAACGAUUUGUAAUUUUUAUUCUUGAUGAGCUCUUUAUUAAAUUAUAUGUUUUAAGAUCAUAACAUAAAAGACUUUCAAGUAGUAAGCUAUAACUGGCAAAGGAGCUACUGAUCGAUGGAGAAUGCAUACCAUACGUAAAGCCUGGUUUAAGUUUUUGUAACGUGGCAUUGUUGGGUGUGGUCAAGCAAUUAACUGUUUUCCAAACCGAGGGAGUCUCGGGUUCAAAUUUCGAUUACUCCCUCGAGCUCUAAUGGGUAACUGACAUCAAACCAGGAAAAGUAAAGGUGGUAGGUCGUUGUGCUGGCCACGAACCACGCUCCUUAACCCUCAGCCAUAGAAAUAAAUGACCCAUACAUCGAAUACCCUUGUAGAUAGCAAGGUUGUACAUGGGGAAAACAAAUAAGGAAGAAGUAAAAUCUAGCCAAAGAAAUAAGUUUGGGGAAAAUGUUUGAUUUUUUUCUCAGGAAAUAAGUCGGGGCCUUUGUCUAUCCUAGUUUAGUUAAGCUGGAUUUAGCAUCAAAGAGCAUUAUUCGUGUCCAAAUAAAUCAUUACAGGCUAAUGACUGCCCAGCAGAAAGUUUCAGGAACAUAGAUGACUGGCCUGAACGAGACCAACUGAAUGACUGGUCAGUAUGAGACAAACUGAAUGACUGGUCAGUACGAGACAAACUGAAUGACUGGUCAGUACGAGACAAACCGAAUGACUUGUCUUAACUACCGGUGCAUGACUUAGGCCCUAAUCUUUUUGUCCUCAUAGCAAUAACAGUAUGACAAUACUGGGGACAGUUAUAGCCAAACAGUACUCGUUUUUAUAUUCUUAAGUCUAAAUAAAGGUGGCCAACGAACGUGUUGACAAAUGAACAUUGGUAACUGCCAUUAACAAUUAACGAAUUCAAGCGACUUGUGAUGUGUGAUAGCUUCUUUUGGUUGAGAAAUGCAAUGCAUGGUCCCUACAACGUACAAAAUAAGUUCUGGCCAAAACGGUCAAUGAAGUCAUUCUUACAAGCACAUAAUCACUUGUUUAAGAAUCAUUUAGAAUGUAGGCAUAUGUAAUUUUAAAACCAACAUGUCUGCUUUGCUUUCCCAGUUUAACAAUUGAGUAGAAACAAUAUAAUCUCAGAACUCAAACUGAUGGACCAGACUAAUGUUUGAAAAAGAGUACGCUGAACAACAAUAAAAACCAUAAAACACCCAA